GGAAUCGCUGUGGGAAACGGCCUCUCAUCCUAUGAGAUCAAUGACAACUCCCUGGUUUACUUUGCCUAUUACCACGGCCUGUUGGGGACCGAGCUGUGGAAAGACCUGCAGACCUUCUGCUGCUCCCAGGAGAAGUGCAACUUCCACGACAACUCCAACCUGAACUGCACGCUCAAGAUGGAAGAGAUGAUUCAGAUUGUGGAGGAGUCUGGCCUCAACAUCUACAACCUGUAUGCACCAUGUGAUGGCGGAGUCCCUGGAGGCAUGAGGUAUGAGAAUGACUACCUCAUCACACACGACCUGGGCAACUCCUUCAUCCGGAUGCCAAUGAGGUUCUCCUGGCGGCAGAACCUGUUCCGGAUGCCUGUAGCCCGCAAUAAGGUGCGGAUGGACCCGCCCUGCACCAACUCCACAGACAUCAGCGUGUACCUGAACGCGCCGGAGGUGCGGAAGGCUCUGCACAUCUCCCCCGAGGACGUCGACAUGGCCUGCAACUUCCUCGGGGACGAGUGGUUUGUGGACUCCCUGUGCCAGAAGGUUCAGGUGGCUCGCCGGCCCUGGCUCUACACUGAAAGAGGUGAAAAC